AUGAAACUUGAUAUGAGCAAAGCCUAUGAUCGGGUUGAGUGGGUUUUCGUAGAGAGAAUGUCGCUAAAGCUAGGUUUUGAACAACAAUGGGUGGAUAAAUUGAUGAAAUGUGUCUACUCAGUCCGGUACUCUUUUCAAUUAAAUGGGCAAAUUUAUGGGGAAGUAAUACCGACUAGAGGCUUAAGACAAGGAGAUCCACUUUCGCCAUACCUUUUUCUUAUAUGUGCAGAAGGAUUUUCAGCGCUUAUCCGACAUGCAGAGGAAAAGAGGGAUAUUUUGGGUCUAAAAAUAGCUAGACAUGCCCCACCAAUUAGCCACUUAUUUUUCGCAGAUGACAGUUUGCUCAUGUUUAAAGCUUCAGAGAGAACUUUAGUAUCAAUACAAAAAAAUUUCAGCCUGUAUGCUGAGUGUUCUGGACAGAUGAUUAAUUACACCAAAUCACUGCUUUUGUUUUCUCCUAAUACUCCUGAAGGAAUUAGAGUACAAUAUGUCUCCUCUCUUGCAAUGACGAUGACAGAAGAGAUUGAAACGUAUUUGGGAUUGCCAAUGGUGGUUGGAAGAAAUAAAAAAGCUAUAUUUCGACCAAUCAAAGAUAAAAUUUGGUCAAAACUAAAUUCAUGGCAUACAAAAUUAUUCUCACAAGUAGGAAAAGAAAUUCUUUUAAAAGCAGUUGUUCAAUCUAUGCCUAUGUAUUAUAUGUCGUGUUUCAUUAUACCAGAAGGAACUUGUGAGGAAAUAGAGAAACUAAUGGCUAGAUAUUGGUGGGGUUCAUUCCAAUCAAAGAGGAAAAUUCAUUGGCGAGCUUGGCAAAAGCUUUGCUUUUCUAAGCGAAAAGGAGGGUUAGGUUUUCAAAGAUUUGUUCAAUAUAACCCAGCGCUAUUAGCAAAACAGGCAUGGAGGGUAUUGAUAAAUCCUACGUGUAUUCUGGCACAAGUUCUAAAGGCCAGAUAUUUCCCACAACAAAGUUUUUUAGAAGCUACAGAAAGCUCUCAUCCAUCUCAAAUAUGGCGUGGUAUAGUUUGGGGUAAGGAAUUACUUAUUAAAGGAUUGAGAAGGAGAAUUGGGAAUGGUGCUAAUACAAGGGUGUUUAAAGAUCCAUGGAUUCCACGUCCACCUUCCUUUUUACCUAUUACAAAGGAAGUUGGCGAUCUUAUGAUGGUGUCAGAAUUAAUAGAGCAACUAGGACAAUGGAAUAAAGAUCUAAUUCACCAAGUUUUUAGUACUCCUUACUCACAACUCAUUUUAUCAAUUCCAAUUACCCUGUUUGAACAUGAUGAUGAUUGGUUAUGGCAUUUUACUAGCCAUGGCCACUAUUCGGUUAAGAGUGGAUAUAAUCUGGCAAUAGGAGGAGAAAAUUUACAAUCUUCAUCAUCAAAUGAAGUUAUGGCAGCUUGGUGGAGUUCAUACUGGGCAAUACAAAUUCCAAAGAAAAUUUUGCAUUUUGGAUGGAAAGGUUUUCAUGAAAUUUUACCCACUUUUAGUGGUCUAUUUCGAAGACAAAGCUCACCUCAUAGUAAUUGUCCUAUAUGUGGUUUCGGGAAUGAUACCAAUGCACAUGUAAUUUUCUGGUGCUCCUUCUCACAAGUUAUAUGGAAGCAAAUGAGUUUCCCUUUUCUUGCAAGCCCAAAAGAGCACUUGACCUUCAAAGGAGUACUACUGUAUGCAUCAGAAAUACUUGAAAAAGAAGAUUUUGAGAAAGUGUUAAUUUCAGCACGGACAAUAUGGUUUGAAAGAAAUAAGAAAAGUCAUGGAAGAACUAUAAGAACUCCACACCAAAUCAAGAUAUGGAUCUCUUCCUAUUAUAAUGAAAUCUGUCGAGAAAGAAAUAAAACUAAAAAAGGAGUUUCAACUGGGUGUACUAGUGAGCAAAGUAAUGCAGAGACAGAAGUUCUUAGCUAUAAACUAUAUGUGGACGCAACGAUAUCAACCCCUCAAAAUGUGAUUGGUUUUGGAGCAAUCAUUUUCUCCUCAGACAAACAAAUGAAGGCAGCCUUAUCUAAACCACUACAAGGUUCCUUUUCAGUUUUCCAGGCAGAAGCAGUUGCUUUACUAGUAGGUUUGUGUUGGGCUCAAGAUGUGGGACUUCCCAUGGAGAGGGUUUUUUCUGAUUCACUUUCUUUGGUCUCUGCUUUGGAAGGCCAGACUGUGUAUUUAAAUGAACUGGGGGUAAUCUUUUCUGAUAUUAAAGUCCUAUUGUCUAGUUUUCCUGAGGUAUCUCUUUCUCAUGUUAGCCGCAACUUUAAUGUUGAGGCUCAUAGAUUGGCUAAGCAUGCCCUUAGGAUAGACAAUGAACUUUCUAGGAUGGAAGAAAUCCCCCCUCCCUCUGUGUAACUUUUGUUAGCGUUGUUAUCUUAACCUUUAUCGGUUACCAAAAAAAAAAAAAAAUCUAGGUCCAUAGGUUUGAAGACCAAGGAUGUAGGUGGCUUAAUCCGUUGAACCUUGUAAAAAUCAAGAGUUUAUAAUUUUUUACCCUUAAACUCUUUACUUUACAAGUUUGAUUAUUUGCUUUCAAUAUAGGCUUCAAUGAAUGACAAUUAUGAAUUCUAGC